GGUCGAGGGUUUAUCGUCCUGAACUGCCUCUCAACCUCGUCAUCUUCGAGGCAGUAGAAAUUACAAAAAGACGACGGCUGAAAAAAGUUGUAACCUUGUAAUACGAAGAUGGUAUCUUAGAGGCGACCAACAAGAGAUACAGCACCAGUUGCGAGAUGAAGAUGCGAGGGACAUUGCUGAUUUUGCUGGGAUGGCUGGCAAGCUGUUUGCGUUGUCACGACGUGCCGUGCAAUUUCAACGCCAUGUGUCUCUGUUGGGUGCAGGACGACACCGAUUUCACAAAGAUGGACAUCAGCUGCACUGGCGUGCCUUUCGCCAGAUUUCCGGACGUAUCGAUAAGUUACGUGGCGCAGCUAGAUGUCGUCGGCUCUGGCAUACAAAUUUUUGACAACGAAGCGUUGGUCAGCGCAUCAGGAGUCGAAGCGCUUGGUCUUGUAAGCAAUCAGCUCAUGAGCAUCGGUGAAAGGUCCCUGCAGCGAGUGAGCGACAGUCUCCGUUCGCUGGACUUAAGUUACAACUCGUUAGAGGAAAUACCCCUGGCGGCCUUGCGUAGCCUAAAGAAACUUAACUGGUUAAACAUGCACAGCAAUCAUCUGACGACAUUGGAAGGCAAUUGGGGUCACAUGAACGGCACACUUUCGAACGCCUUCUUCGGCGACAACUCGCUUGUCUCGGUACCCCGGAGUUUCGCCACCUUCUCGUCCCUCGUCUGGCUCAAUCUCGACAACAACAACAUCGAGGAGCUCCCACUGGAUACCUUACCCCCAAACCUCGUCACCCUUAGCCUGAACGCCAAUUUGCUCAAAGCCUUCCCGGCCAGCGUGGCUGGGCUCAAAGAUCUGGAGUGGCUGUAUCUCCGGGGCAACGACAUCAGGCACCUCCAGUUGCCGGAUUUCAAGAGCAGGCGCCUCGAGAUGGUCGACCUCAGCGAGAACUCCAUCGAGAGCAUCAAUUAUGCUGGCACUGGGAAUAAGAACCUCACCAUAAAAGAUCUAAAUCUGUCCGGUAACCGUCUCACCAGCCUGACAGAGGGCACCUUCUCCCAAAUGGCAGUGCGUCGCAUCCACCUGUCGUCCAACGGAAUCCGAUCGAUCGAUCCACAAACGUUCGCCGGUCUCGAGGACACCCUCGAGUACGUCAACUUGGAAAACAACGAGCUUUCGGCCCUGCCAACCGCCGUGAGCUCGCUGCGUCAGUUGUCGUACCUAUACCUCGCGAGCAACGCAAUUCGCGAGCUCAGCAACGACAGCUUCCUCGAAUUCGGCGGCAAUCUCAAAGCUUUGUCUUUGGCCACCAACGGGUUCGAGACUGUGCCGGUCAGCGCGCUCAGCGGCUGCUCGAGUUUGCUUCACCUCAAUCUCGGGUACAACAAGAUCCACAAGAUCUCGCCCGGGGACUUUGAGUGGGCCGAGAAUCUGGAGAUUCUCCUGCUGAGGAACAAUUUUUUGACGCAGCUCAAGCCAAACACCUUUGGAGGUACGAAAAAACUAAAGGAACUGAGCCUGUCGUUCAACCACCUGACUGAUAUAUCGGACGAGGCGUUCACGGGCCUGACGGACAGCCUCGAGAUCCUCGAGCUGAGCUUUGCCUUCUCGACGGACGUGUUUCCUCUACGGGCUCUCCGUCCCCUCAGCAGCCUCCACUGGCUCGUGCUCGACAACAACAACUUCCACGCGAUCGAGCCCUCGGCGUUCUACACCCUCCAGAAGCUGCGCUACCUCAACCUCGAGUCCAACCGCCUGGCCGAGAUACCCGAGCGCGUCUUCCUCGAGGACGUGCACUCGGAGCUGCGCGACGUCAAGCUCGGCUACAACUUCAUCGAGGCCAUACCCGAGAGCACCUUCCACAAUCUCACCGAGCUGAGGGCCCUGGACCUCACCGGCAACAGGAUAAGGCUGUUGGCUCCGGCCUCCAUAAGCGACUGUCCGCGGCUGGUCACCGUGUCUCUGGCCAACAACAGGAUUACUGCUGUCGAUACCUCGGCCCUCGGUGGACUCUAUGGCCUAAGGUUCUUGCACUUGGAGUUCAAUAAGAUCACGCUCCUGGACUUUGAGGCGUUUGCCGACAGUGGCGGCUCGGAUUUCACCUUAAACGUGUCCUACAAUUCAAUAUCUACUCUGCUGCCGAGCGUAUCACCGAUUAAUUUGACACGCCUCGAUUUGGGUUUCAACAAUCUGACUCACCUGUCAGCCGACGUUUUUGCCAAUUCGCCGAACCUGAGAACAAUCAACUUGCAAAACAACUAUCUGACGUCGAUCGAGCCAGGCACGUUUUCUCUAAGUAACCUCGACGUGUUGAACCUCCGAGACAACCGCAUCGAGUCGUUGCGCAAGCAGAGCUUCAGCGGCCUCGGCCUCCUGCAGCAACUCGAUCUCUCAGGCAACCAACUGAGCCAACUAACGAACGAACAAUUCCGACACUUGCGCGGCUUACGGGUCCUCAACCUGGCACGCAACCGGCUGCGAUCGCUAACGCGCGACGUCUUCACUGGCACGCGACUGGAGAUACUAGAUCUCAGUCGCAACAAGUUCACGGUCGUACCAUCGGCGCCAUUCCUCGACGUUGGGUACACGCUCAGAAGUAUAGAUCUUUCUGAAAACUUCAUCGACCACCUGGAUGCCACUUCGUUCCCGACUUCGCAGCUGGUGUCUCUGAACCUGGCUCGGAAUCGUAUAGAAAUCUUGCCAGACAUCUCGUUCGUCUCUCUGGCAAAGCUGCUGGUGCUCAACAUCUCCCACAACUAUCUUCGAGCGAAUUUCAAAGAGGUGUUCCACUAUCUGCCCGAUCUAAGGCAUCUGAGCCUAGCCAACUGCGAUCUGAAGGCGAUACCACAUCUACUGCUCAGUUCUUUGAAUUGCUUGGACCUGUCGUACAAUAACAUCGACACGAUUCGAGACAACGAGCUGCAGUACUUUGACGAGUUGAAGAUACUCCUGUUGACAAACAACUCGCUGAGAUCCAUCGGUGGACUGAGGCUUAAUUUAUUGAGGGAACUGGAUAUAUCCGGGAAUCCGAUUAAGGAGCUGUCGAAAGAAUCAUUUUCCGGCUACUCCAGAGUAGAAAGUCUCAACAUCCGCAACCUCAAUCGCACCUACGUGGUCGACAAGGAUUGCCUCAAAUCGCUGAGAUACCUGAAACACCUGCGCACCCAAACCUGGCCGGAAGUUCCAAAUUUUCAUCUCCAGCACUUCUUCAAUGGUCUGCCCUUGCGUAUCGUCGAGAUCGAAGUGACCGAGUCUGAGCUUACCGAUCAGCUGCACUACACGUUUACCAAGCAGUUGCGCGAAUUAACGAUCACAGGUCGCAAUUUGCGCUACAUCGACUCCAACGCGUUUGCCACGAUCGAGAGUGCCGAGCUGGUGCUGAGGAUUACGGAGACGCAGGUGCAGCGCUUUCAGUCCGACGUUUUUUCGCCGUUGACGAGACGGUCUUCGCAGCUUUCCCUGGAUCUCAGGAACAAUCACAUUUAUGAACUCAGCCCGUCCGUUAUCUACGGUAAUCAGUCGUGGGAGACUGUGGGCACUUACAUGGUUUCAGGUGGACUUCAGGUGUCGGGCAACCCACUGGAGUGUGACUGCGAAAUCGCCUGGCUGUCGGUCUGGUUGCGCCGCUGGCUCCGAGAGUCGCGCCAAAUUCACACCGCCUCGCAAUCGGAUGCCCGACAAUUGCGCACUUUGGCGGGCAGAGCCGUGUGCGCCGAGACUUCGGCCACGGCCUCGCAACACCAGCAGGGCCAACAGCUCAACUCGAUACUCAACGCCGAUCACACGCGCAACACUGCCUGCCAGGCGUCCGCGCUCAGUGGGGCGCCUGUUUCUGAUUACGGGAGGCGAGCGAUGAUGGCACCCGUGGGUGCCUUUAUUUUCAUGCUGCUUGUCCUGCGGUAGCUGAUUUUUGUUUUUCAUCU